UCCUUUCCUUUCCUUUCCUUUCCUUUCCUUUCCUUUCCUUUCCUUUCCUUUCCUUUCCUUUCCUUUCCUUUCCUUUCCUUUCCUUUCCUUUCCUUUCCUUUCCUUUCCUUUCCUUUCCUUUCCUUUCCUUUCCUUUCCUUUCCUUUCCUUUCCUUUCCUUUCCUUUCCUUUCCUUUCCUUUCCUUUCCUUUCCUUUCCUUUCCUUUCCUUUCCUUUCCUUUCCUUUCCUUUCUUUUCCUUUCCUUUCCAUUUUCAGCCAUGAAAUGCCAGCUCAGACAGGCAGGAGGCUCCCGGGGAAGGACCCACACUGACCAUGCAAAGCGGAGUGAAACACAGAUCCAGGGAUUUGCAUUUAAGCAAAUCCCAAACGAGGUUUGGUGCUGGAGACAUCCCUAAAUUCUAGAAAAGCCAUUUCCGCCAGGCUCAGCUGGAACUUUCCCAGGGAAUUAUGAGCACAGGCUUCACUCUGCUCUGGGAAGCUGAUGAGGGACAGAUCUUCCCCAAAUCCCCGCAGGAUCUGGGAGCUGGGACUGGUCAGCAGCACCAACAAUGGAAGCAGUCCCUGCAGAUUUUGGCAAGCGGGUGUACCAAGGCGUGCGAGUGAAGCACACGGUCAAGGAUCUCCUGGCUGAAAAGCGAUCCCGGCAGAGCAGCGGCUCCCGCUUCAGCGGCAGCACCAGCGCAGCACAGGCACCUUUUGGCCAAAUGCCAGGCUCACCCAGCACGGCUGGUUACUACGGCGUCCGCAGAUCCUUCCCGGCCGAGCUGGAUUUCCACAGCACCAAGCAGUUUGUCAGCGAUGCCUUCCCCUCCCCUCUGGGCUCCAAACCCUUCCCCUGCGACCCCUCUGCCCCCCAGGGCUACCCAGCCCUCCUGGAGCCCUAUCUCAGCGAGCAGUUCGGGGAUCACCGCGCUCCUCCCGUCCCAGCUGCCACCGGCUCCUUCUUCAGCGCUCCGGCCGUGCCCCCUCUCCUGCCAUCCUUCCCCAACGACACGGGGCACUUCCUGCUCAGAGAGCCCUGGGAGCAGCCCUCACCCGAGAGCCUCGGCCAGCCUGACAGUGCCUGCUCAGAGCCUCUGCAGCCGCUCCCUGCCACCUCCAGCUGCCUCUCCCUGCCCGAAUCCGGAGCUGCUUCCCCGUUCCGAGGCUCAGGUUGGACCCCAGCCCUCCCUGGAGCCCAGCCCUACCCUCUGCACCCCCUUGAAGAUGCCCACUACUCCCCCAGCUACGCAGCCACCUCGCCCUACAGCUUGUCCCCGUUCGUGGCCGUGGCCAGCGAGCCCUCCAGGAUGAGCCACCUGUGCCCCGAGCCUCCCUCGGAGCCACCACACCUUCCCGAGCACUCUGCCUGGCCCAAAGAGGAUGGAAGUGCCCUCUGGGGGACUUAUGAAGGCAGGAGAACUUACUGA